CGCGUCGUCCCAUAUAAACGCGCACGACGCAGAACUACGCAACACAAGCACCAGCAUCAUCGCGCGCGAGCAAGGAAAGGAAAGGCAACCACCGCUGUACGCCGAGAAGAAGAACGUCACGAGAAUCGUUGGAGGAGAAAGUGGACAUGGCGGCUUCCGCGAGGCGGCAGGGGGAGAGGGCGACCAGCUUCGCCAUGGCCUGCAACCUGCUCAGCCAGUUCGUCCGCAAGAACGGCGCCGCCGCCGUCGACCUCGGCCUCGGAAUCAGCAAAGUUGAGGCCGAGGCGAAGACUACUCUGCACGGAGCGGACGGCGAUAGGAAGGAGACCAUGGAGCUGUUCCCGCAGAGCGCCGGCCUGGGUGCCGUGCAGGACGCGGCUGCCCCUGAUGCUACCAGGGAGCAAGAGAAGCAGCAGCUGACCAUCUUCUACGGUGGGAAGGUGCUCGUGUUCAACGACUUCCCCGCAGACAAGGCGAAGGGCCUCAUGCAGCUGGCUAGCAAGGGCAACCCUGUCGUUCAGAACGUCUCUGCGCCCGCAACUGGUGCCGACAGCACCAAGGUCCAGGCAGCCGUGCCGGUCCUAGAGAGCAGUUUGCCUGCUGCUCAGGCCGAUGCGCCGAAGCCUGCUCGCACUAACACUUCUGAUAUGCCAAUUGCUAGGAAGGCGUCACUUCACCGAUUCCUUGAGAAGAGAAAGGAUCGUCUGCAUGCAAAGGCCCCAUAUCAAGCUUCUCCUUCAGAUGCAUCACCGGUCAAGAAGGAGCCUGAGAACCAGGCUUGGCUUGGACUAGGGCCUAAUGCUGCCCUGAAGCCAAACCAUGGCCUCUAAUUCAGCAAAUGAGGGGGCAUAGCAACAUUACGCCCUUACCGGAAGCUUUUCAGAACUGUCUGAAAAUGUGCUUGCCGUUAGAGUAUGGGAUCAUAAUAUCCUCUCUUUAUCAUGUUCUAGUGUUCUGUUUAGGUUAUGGUUCUAUGUUAUUUGCCUUCAUAGUUCCGAUGUAAAGAAAAAGUAGCAAACGAUGACCAGUGCCGAGAGCCUGAGAGAAGUUUUGGCAUGUUAACACAUGGUGACAUUGAUUUUGGCCAUGCUAAGCAAAAGUUAGUACAAAGAAAACAUAUAUGUAUGCUAUGUAACUCUGAUCAGUCGGCAUUAUCAUUGGUUUUAUCCUUGAUUUGUAAAAGCAAGUGAUUGUAAUGGAUUCAAAUUAUCUUCAUAUGCCUAUAUGGGUUAAUAUUUA